AUGACGCAAGCAAAGGAGGAUCAAGUGAAGGAUGUGGCACCGGCGGGCGACGGCGGGGGCGGUGCAGGUGUUGGGGCUCCAACCGGCUUCCAUAAUCAUCCCCAACAGCAACACCAGCCGGGUCCACUGCCUUUACACCCGCAUCAGGAACACCCGCUCGAGUCAACGUACGUGUUUCCGGGAUCACCUCAAGGAACCACACAAACGGCUCCUCCGGUAGCUCAGCUGAUGGUUAGUGGAGUCAUUGCAGCAGUCAGCAGUAACACCAGCAGCAAUGUGAACCCAACGGCAGGUCGGAUAUUGGUGGAAUAUCCUCGCACCACCGUCGGAGGUCAUUCGCGAUCUGUCAGUCACGGUGAGGGUUCGUUUGGAGGUUCACUUCAGGCCGGAAGUGGCACUACUACUGGACGACCAUCAGCCUUGAAAUCCGCCGUUAAAGGGGGCCACCAGAGGGCGCUUUCUCAGGGCCAAAUCAUGGAUGCACCGACGAUCGCCACCCGGGGCCACAGUCGUGUUGGUUCUAAAACGGACUUCAUUUUGCCACCCGGUCACAAGGAACAACCGGAACAGCGGGACACGCUGGCACCACAUUCGGGUGGUUCUGUGAAGGGACACUCGCGGCAAGCCUCUCGAUCGGAGUCGAUCUACACGCUUCGUCGGGCGGAUAAACCACCCUGGUGGAAGCGGUUCAUGUUCUGCCGAUCGGCUAGUAGCAAGCUGGAAGAUCGAGGUUACCGGAUAGUGGUUCCAAAUCACACUGUCCCGCCAAAAACACCCAAAAGAGACCACCCGAAUGGGCGGUUGUGUGGGAAUAAGAUCCGUACCACCAAGUACACGCUGUUGUCGUUCGUGCCGAAGAAUCUGCUGGAGCAGUUUCACCGAAUCGCAAACCUGUACUUCAUCUUCAUCGUGCUGUUGAACUGGUUCCCGCAGAUAAACGCCUUUGGGAAGGAGAUCGCCAUGAUUCCGGUGCUGUUCGUGCUUGGUGUGACCGCGAUAAAGGAUCUGUUUGAGGAUCGCCGCCGUAAGGCGUCUGACAAGCGGAUCAACAACUCGACCUGUCGCGUUUACAAUGGCGAAUCGGAACGAUACAAAAAAGUCCUUUGGCAGGACAUUCGAGUUGGCGAUCUGAUUCACCUGUCCAAUAACGAAACCGUUCCGGCCGAUAUCCUGCUGCUUAAAUCGAGCGAUCCCACCGGUGUCUGUUACAUCGAUACGUGCGAUCUGGACGGUGAAACCAAUCUAAAACGUCGACAGGUGGUGCGUGGGUUCGUCGAGAAGCAGCACAUUUUUGCACCCAACAAGUUCACCAGCCGGAUUGAGGUCGACGCACCAACGACGAAAAUCUACCGCUUCCACGGUGCUGUGAUACAUCCUUCCGGUGAGCGGGUUCCGGUGUCGACGGAAAGCUUGCUGCUCCGUGAAAGUCGCCUCAAGAACACGGACUAUGCCGAAGGAAUUGUCGUGUAUGCAGGACAUGAAACGAAGGCGAUGCUUAACAACAGCGGUCCCAGAUAUAAACGGUCCAAGGUCGAACAGCAGAUGAACAUCGAUGUCAUAUGGUGCGUUAUCAUAUUGAUCGUGCUAUGUAUUAUCGGAGCCGUGGGCUGCAAGCUUUGGCUCUCGUUCUACGCCGACGAUUCAGACAUGGACAACAACGAUACAUUCCGAAUUCCGUUCCUGCCCUUCGAGAUCAGCCCGGACUACGAAGGGUUGCUCGCGUUCUGGACGUUUGUCAUCAUUCUUCAGAUCAUGAUACCACUCUCACUGUACGUUACGAUCGAGUUGUGUAAGCUGAUGCAGGUUUAUCACAUACACAACAACAUUGAGCUGUAUGAUCCGGACUCAAACAAGCGCACCGAGUGUCGUGCGAUGAACAUCACGGAAGAACUCGGCCAGAUACAGUACGUUUUCUCCGACAAGACGGGUACGCUGACGGAAAAUCGAAUGAUUUUCCGCCGGUGCACGAUCGUUGGGGUGGACUACAACCAUCCGGAGACGGAGGAAGAAAAGGAGAUGAACAAACGAGGUGCUCCAGUUCCGGUGCUUCAACCAAACCUAAGCUUGCUGGAGAACUUUCGGGAACACCAUCCGCAGUCAUCGCUUGAAUUGGGCCAAACGGGCAAACCACGUGGUGGCACCGGAGAACCAGGAAACGAAACCGUGACCCAGCAAAUACAGGAGUUCUUCCUGGUGCUGGCGAUAUGCAACACGGUGGUAGUUAGUGCGACUCCACACAGAGACAACAUGAACGCGAGUGGUGUGAUUGAGAUGAACGAUAGCGAUACCAGUGUAACUCUUGUUCGUCCAGCUAUCGUGGAAACGGAUGGCGGGAGUCUUCCGCUGACGGCGUGCGAUGGAACGAUUGGAGACCGGUACGCCCGGUUGACGGAAUCCCGGUCCAUUACUCCGUCUCCUCCACCCAACGCACCCUCAUCGCUGCCCCUGAAAGCGGCCCACGUGCCAUCACUGUCGCCAAUCAGCAGCUCGGCGGAGACGUCACCCAUGUCGGAGAGUCCUCCGAUGCGGAUAAAGUCGAUCAAUACACCGACGGCGAAGGUGAAAUCGCUCGUAGCGAAGCUGGGAAAUGUGAAUCGCUUCGUACCUAGCAAUAGUAGCGGUGGAGCAUCGAAGUUCCAAAAAUCCUUCUCCCAGGGCACGCCAUCGCCCGCCUCUAGUCGGCCGAUUUACGAGGCGGAAAGUCCGGACGAAUUGGCCCUCGUCAAUGCGGCCUUUAGCUACGAUUGUUGUCUGGUGAAUCGCAGUCCAAACCACGUUCUGGUCAGCAUACCCGGCGAGGGCGUGAUAGAGUACGAGGUGCUGAAGGUUCUUCCCUUCGAUUCCGCCCGUAAGUGCAUGUCCGUUGUGGUGAGGCGUACCGGCACGCAGGAUGUAGUGCUGUAUACGAAGGGUGCCGAUAGCAGUAUCAUGCCCAACUUGGUGCCGUGUACUCCUGGCUCGGAAGAGUACCGGUUGCGAGAACAAACGCAACACCAGCUGAAUGUGUACGCACGACAGGGUCUGCGUGUGCUUGUCAUGGCCAAGCGGAAGCUAGAUGCAACGGAUUUUAGCGAAUGGUACAGCAAACACGAAGAGUGCGAGCUGAGCAUGGAGAACCGGGAACGCAAGAUUCGUGACUCCUUUGGGCUGCUCGAGCGAGGUUUAACGCUUGUCGGCACGACCGGUAUCGAGGAUCGUCUGCAGGAAGGUGUCCCAGAGACGAUCAGUUCGCUGUUGCAAGCGGGAAUCGUCAUCUGGGUGCUGACGGGAGAUAAAGCGGAAACGGCCAUCAACAUUGCCUACUCGGCGAAGCUGUUCAACUCGCAAAUGGACAUUUUCAAGCUGACCGCACGGUCACGGGACUCUGCGGAAGCCAGCAUUAAUUUUUACCUCAACGAAAUCGAAAAACAGCUCAACAGCAACGGUGGUGGUGCCGCCAGCGAUGAUGACGCCUUCGACCAGCUUGAUAAAGCACGCGCGCUAGUAGUAGACGGAAAAACGCUGACAUUCAUCCUGGACCUGCGAUCCAACCUUACCAAGCCAUUCCUAAGACUGACCCGCUACUGCUCGUCCGUGCUGUGCUGUCGCGCGACGCCUCUACAGAAGGCGUUCCUAGUAAAGGUCGUGAAGGAGGAACUUCGCAUCAGCGCACUCGCCAUAGGCGAUGGAGCCAAUGAUGUUUCUAUGAUUCAGAUGGCCGACGUAGGGGUAGGCAUUUGCGGACAGGAAGGUAUGCAAGCAGUCAUGGCAUCGGACUUCUCCAUUGCUAAAUUUAAAAUGCUCGAGAAGCUGCUGCUUGUGCAUGGUCACUGGAACUACGAUCGAUUGGCACGAAUGAUCAUUUAUUUCUUCUAUAAAAAUGCGGCUUUCGUGUUUCUGUUGUUCUGGUAUCAAUUUUAUUGUGGAUUUUCCGGUGCCGUCAUGAUUGAUCAAGUGUACUUAAUGAUCUACAAUUUGCUGUUUACCGCACUGCCUCCGCUGGCGAUCGGUGUGUACGAUAAGAAAAUUAUCUCCGAGCUGCUGCUAGCCUAUCCGCAGUUGUAUCAACACGGUCGUCGGGGGAAAGGCUACAAAUGGACCACGUUUUGGAUCGUGAUGUUCGACGCAGUGUACCAGAGUUUGGUGAUAUUUUUCGUAGCGAAGGCAGCGUACUGGGGCUCAGAUGUGGACGUGUGGGUCUUCGGAACGACCAUAACGUCCUCCUGCUUGUUCGUGAUGCUGUUUCACUGUGCCAUAGAAAUUAAAUCAUGGACAAUCUUGCAUGUCGCGUCGAUAGUGAUUAGCUUGGUGUCGUUCUAUGUGUUUGCAUUUGCGUACAAUUCAGUUUGUGUCAAUUGCUUUGGACUGCCGUCAAACUACUGGGUGAUCCACAUGAGCAUGAGUACAAUACAGUAUUAUCUGAUUACGAUGCUUACUUCCGUACUUGCCCUGUUGCCACGAUUUACGUAUCGUGUCAUCAAAAACACCCUCUGGCCCUGCGAAGGCGUACGGGUGACGCUGCAGUACAAAGAAGAAAAACGAAGAGAGCCUCCCAUCACAGGACUCCGCAUAAGACUGUAAACAACAUGUAGUUGGUAAUUAGGCGCUUGGUAACAUGAUCUUCAUGCGGCUUAAUAGUGUUCACCAGC